AUGGAUAAAUCAUUCGGAUGUAAAUAAAAGAUUGAAAAAAUAGAGAUUAAAUUUAUGGUUGUUCAAGCACUAUAGAAAUCUUAAAGAAUUUAGAUUAAAUAAGAAAUUUAGAAUGGAUUGGAAAAUAUGGUAAAGAUAACAAAAAAGUUGGCAUGUGGACAGCUUUUUGGAAUGGAGAAAAACAAUAUGGAGUAGGUGGAUUUUACUUAGACGAUGGAUCAAAGCAGGGUCUUUGGAAAGAAUUAAGACAUAAUUAUUCUAAGUAAAAUUUAAUAAUAAAAUAUAAGCUAUGCUCCAAUUUAUGAAAUUGGAGAAUAUGUCAAUAAUUAAAAAAGGGGAAUAUGGAAAUUUAUUUUAAAAAAUAAUAUCAUGUAUUAAUUUUUGAUAAUUUUUAGUGGUGGUGGAAAGUAUAAUGAUUAAGGAAAAAAGAAUGGUAAAUGGAUUGAAUUGA